ACUUUGCGGCUUCUUGCGUCCGACACAGUUCUGCUUUGGCCGCGAAACGCGCCGCAACUCUACCACGAAUCGACUUCUUCAUGUGCAUAUCGCGCUGUUAAGUGUUUAACUGUCACAUUUUGUUGCAACCAGACGGAAUUUUCAGUGAUUGUGAGGGUGGUUUUUUCAGUGCACGAUGCUGGAGAGGAAGAAACCUCACUAAAACGCCGUAAUGUGCCGUGGAUGUGGAAAAUUCUGGACGGCCCUGCAAGUGGUAUGGAGUACAGUAUACGUGAUUUGUGGAGCUGCGCAACUGAUUUCGGGUAUAUUUUUCCUGAUUUCCAUCCCGGCUCUCCACCUUACUUGCAACAUAUGGACCGGAUCGUGGAAUGUCAUCAUCGGGAUCGUCGGCGGGAUGUUGUCCUGUCUGGGACGCUUGUCGCCCCGACGCCAGGAAUUCCUGCUGUACAUGGCCGUCUCGAUCCUGACGGUGAACAGCGUCAACGUCGUACUGAGCGAGUGGGGGCUCCACUUCUCAGACAUGUCGGAACUGCUGAAGAAUCAUCCCAAUCACAUGCUCAUUGACUACGCAUGUUUCGCGACACGAAUCGCCACAGCCGCCGUCAUCUUAGUCUCCCUCCUCGACAGUCAAUUCGCUUUCUGUUCCAUGCAGAUAGCACCGAAUAAGAAAGAUAAGAAGAAAUUGCACGGCUCCCACGAACAAGUCUCCGACAUUGAAUACAUUAUACCAAGGCCAAAAGCGACCAAACCAACAACUGUUUACAACGCUUAUUCCCAAAGUUGGGUCUUUGAAUCGGACAAUGCAAGUUGUUCAAACACUACUGAAUCGCCAUAUUUGAAAAUCUUAGAAAAUGGAACUCCCAAAACAAAGUCAAAGAAAUUGCAAAAUGGCGUCGUGUGUGACACUACACACUUGAUUGAUAAUCCUGUGGUGCACAUCGAGGAGGCUUCGGAUGAUAGUAAUAGUAAUAGUGAUAGGAAACUUUGUCAUAUGAGGAGUUUCUCGCGUUCGGCUUCGCCUGUGCUAUCCGGGGGGUCUUCUCAUGUCAAUUUGCACCAAAGUAGUAACAAUCCUCCGAUUUAUGAUUGCUUGGAGAGUAUCUACAGGACGAGGUUAAACACAGGACCUAGAGAAGAGGAGCAUUAUCAAGCCCCUCAAACAAUGGUUUUGCGUCGUGUGGAGUCAGUUAGCCCCCAUGUGGAGAAGGUCCAAUAUGCCUCUCUGAUGAAGGAGCUUCAAAGGGCUAUAGUCAGUAAGAAGGAGACGUCCCCUAGCACCGACUCCAAGAGUAGCAAAAGCAGCGAUGCUGAGUUCUCCAAGGAGUUGGAGGCGGCCCUCCAACUCAUCCAAGACUUGGAGAGUCCCAACACGAUUGAGACUCCUUCCGAGCCGAAGCCUUUAGCCGUGUGGCGGACCAGUGAAAGUGAGAGUGAAAAGACUCUAAGUGCUGUGGGCUCCCUCGCCGAAAUCACCUCCCCCAUGGAGUGCCAAUCCGAGUUGGCGACGAACGGUAAGCCCGCCAGCGUUAUAAUCCACAACCCCGACUCCCAGAGCACCUCGGGGUACAGCUCCCCCACCCAUCCGACUCCCAGCUGGUCCACGACUUCGUCCCUCAAUGGAAGCAGUAACGACAUGGCCUACUCCAUACAUAACGCACAUUCCGGUACGGUCAUCUCCCUCUAUUCCCAAGUUAACCCACAAUCCAAAGGCAAAUCAGUAACACUAGUCAACAUAAACGGCUCCUCCGCCCCGAUUCUUCACGAUGUUAGCAUGGCCAAAACUGGGGACAAAAACCCACCGGGCUGGAAGUCGCUCUUGAGGAAGAAAAAACAACCCCCGAAGUUGUGUCCGGAGCUCGAGGGGGCGAUUAUUAAGUCAGAGAGUUUGGCUUAUCUCUCCGAACUUGAGUUACUAGCAAGGCAUCAGAGAAAUAAAGAGAUACAAAGGGAAAUCGAAGAAAGAGUCAUCCAACAGCUGGGUACUCCAAGGACUGAGUCAAAUUGCUAAAACUCAAUUAGCGAACUUGAAACCCCUCAACUUGAGCUGCAGGUCAGCGACGUCCAUUUUUUUCAAUUCUACGAUUUAUAUUUUCGAUACUUGUACGUAACAUCUCUAUGUGUACAUAUUGUUGUUAUAGUUAUAUAGUUUAUAUUAUAAUUCUAUUGUAAAUAUUACAAUAAAAAGUCCCUUUUAUAAUGUACCUUUCUUUUUUAUAUUUGGUAUUAUUUAUACGUAAUGAGAGAAAAACAAUAAAAACGAUUUCAAUUUCUAA